AUGGUUCCUGUGGCUUGCUUAACUCGUUCUGUUGAUGUGGACCGUGCCUUGGAGAACAAAACUUUCGAUAAGGGAGGACGUGUGCCGGCCUUGAUACUCGCCAAUAAGCAAGACGUGGUAUCAUCGGCUCCAACGUCAGGGAUUUUAAAACGUUUGAAGCUAACCGAGAUCCGCGAUCGCGUAUGGCAAAUUCAAGGUUGCUCGGCGUAG